AUGGAUAGGUUGAGAAUCCUAGAUCCUCGCCGACAUGCGAAUGAUCAGAAUAACAAUGGCACUAGCAGCGUGACAAUAACAACGCACAAUAACAAUGGAAAUUCCCCUUCUCAUGAUCAAGAACAACAAUCUGAUGCACGGCCGAAAGUUUCAAGUCUUGUAUGGAAGUUUGGAGGUGAAAAAAAAAAAGUGCCAACAUACACGUUCUCAUCCUCCGAUCAAACACCGCCGCAACAACAACAACAACAACAACAACAGUACCAUCAUGAGCAGGAUAUAAAUAGAAACGGUUCAAACAAUAUUCAAAUCUUAUCAUCAAAUAAAGUUCAAAAUGUUCCACCAAAUAAUGUACUAACUUCUGCUCAAAUGAAAUCCCAUAUUGAUCAAUUAGAAGAAAAAAAUAUUGAUUUGAAACAAAAGUUACAAGAACAAACUGCGCAAAAUGAUUUACAAGAAAAAAAAUUUCGAGAACUAAAUAAUUUGUAUAACACAUUGCAAAAUAGAUUAGGUCAAGAUGCACAUGAACAUGUGAAAGGCGAAGAAGAAAAACGUAUUUGGAAACAGCGAACUGAUGCUUUAUCACAAAUGGUUAUGAGAUUUUGUGAUAUAAAGGUUGAACAACAACAGCAGCAUGAACUAAAAGAUAUCAUGACAAUAUUCGAAACGAAAAUUAAUCAAAGUAAAAAAGCUGAACAGCAAAAUAAAGCUCUCAUCGAAUCUUUAAAAUUGAAAGAUCAAAAAAUAAAUGAAUUAAUGAAAGAAAUAAAUGAAAUGGCUACAGGAAAUGCUUUACGUUCAACAUCGUCAAUGUCAACAUCCAUACGUCGUAUCGAUUCGGCCGAUGAUGUUUUUCCUCUAGCUGAUUCAGCAAAUCUUCGUCUUGAAUUAUGUCGUACACGAACGCGUUUGAAAGAAGCACAACGUGAAUUAUCGUCGCAAAACAGUCUACAUUCAUCAGGAUUAAUAAAACAGCUAUCAUCUACAGAUAUAUUAUCAUCGGAUACAUUGAUUAGCGGUUUAAGAAAAGAUAUCAAUGAUAUGGGAUGGGAAAUUAAGAAUUUGCAACGUUCCAAAGAAUCAUUUAAGCAAGAUGUUGAAAAAUUAGAGCGAGAAUUGGCAGUUGUUGAAGCGGCAAAACAAUCAAUUGAAGAUGCAAAUGCGUUAAUCACUCGAGAAAACAAAGAACUUCGAGCAAGUAUCGAUGAAUUAACUGAUCAAAAUCGAAUGGUAUUGCAAAAUUAUCAAAAUCAUGUCAAAAAUUAUUCAAUACAUCAAGAUGUGGUAACAAAAUUGUAUGAUUCAGUUGCUCAAGUGGAAAUAGAAAAUCGUCUUUUACAAGAAAAAUGUGGGUUUUUAGAAGAAAAAUUGAAUAUUAAACAACUAUCAUUGGUUGAUAAAAAUGAAGUAGAAAAAUUGGAAUCUAAAAGUCGUGUAUUGCAACUGCAGUAUGAUUAUGAAACUGCUCGUCGUGAACAUAUUGAACGUCAAUUAAAUCGUUUACAAGAAAAUGUUAAACAGUUACAGUCAGAAUUGCAAUAUGUUGAAGAUAAAGCAAAACGUGCUGAUGAUCAACAAAAAUUAGCAUACCGUUUAUGUCGUGAUUCAAAAGAAGAAUGUGAAAUAUUGCAAUUAAAAAUAAUGGAUUUAGAAAAACGUUUAAAUUUGACAGAAAAAGAUAAAGAUAUUGUUGAACAAGAAUUAUUAUUAUGUCAACAACGUAUCAAUGCUACACAAUAUGGUAUACAACGUUAUCAGGAUGCUGUAAUUAAUGCUGAAAAUGAAUUAGAUGCUUUAUCGGAUGGAAGCUUUGAUGAAGAUGUUGGAAGUUUAAAUGGUGGAGAAACGAUAUUGGUGAAGGAACGUACGUCACAUAAUGUUAUUCGUUCACAAAGCGAAGUAUAUGAUGUCGCCAUACAUAUGACUAAUUCUGAUUUACGUUUUUCAACAAUAUUAGAACAAUUUACAAAUGAACUUCAAAGUUCAAAUGAUGAAGUUCGACGAAAAGCAACGGACGGGUUAUACGAUCGUGUCAUAACACUCUAUUCCGAUGCAUCACCUGAAACAAUAUCGAGUGUUGUUGAUAUUGUACACGAUUAUGUAAGAAAAAAAUUAAACAAUGCAAAUAAUGUGAACGAAAAUAAAGCAGCACUUCUUGUAAUAUUAUGUUUUGUUUGUGCUGGUGCAGCAUUUUAUGCUAAACUAAGUAAUAAAUUAGAAGGCGUUAUUCGACAAUAUAAGCAAAUGUCAUUAGAUACAGAUUUGUGCGAUUUAGUUGUAAAAAUUACGUGUAUACUGAUUAAAGGUUGUGAUCGUUCCAAUGUUGAUCAUUUUCAAUUUGAUUUACCAAAAGCAGUUGAACGUUUAGGACAAGAUGAAAAACAUGAAAUAAGACGCUAUAGUGGGGUUAUUAUGUUAAAAGAAAUUGCUUUGAUAUCACCAACAAGAUUUUUUCUUUUGAUAAAACCGUGUGAACAGUUUUUUGAACAAUUAUUUGUGUCAAUGACAGAUCCUAAACAAUAUAUUCGUGAAGCAUUUGCUGAAACGAUACAUGCAACAUUAGUCGUAUUAAUUGAUCGUGAACGUGAAGAGCAAAAAAACGAUAUUAGAAAGGAUACACAAAUAACUACAUUUUAUAAUGCUUAUAAGAUUGUCUAUAAAGAAGCAAUGAAAUGUUUAGAAGAUACACAAUCAAAAGAGAAAACAAUUCAGAAAGAUGAUCGUAUCCACGGUGGAUUAUUAUUGUUAAACGAACUUUUUCGUGUAGCUGAUCUUAAAUUUGAAAAUAUUUGUCAAGAUUCAAUUUAUCCAUAUACAACAGUUAUACCCAAACCAGUGUCGUAUAAAGAUCUUCAUCGUGCUCGUGUUGCCCUAUCAUUUGAGCGUACUGCACCCAUAUCACCGUUGGAUUUUAUUAAUAAUCAAGAUAAUCAACAUACUCAAGUACAGUCGUUAUUAAUUCGUCAAUUAUUAUUGGAUAAUUUUAAAGAAAUAUGUACAUUUGUUUUUCGACAUCGUACAAAUACAAAACCAAUGAUAAUUAAUAUUUUACUAAAACUGUUACCUCGUUUAUCAUCAUUAGAUUUUAGAACAUAUCAUCUGCAAGGAUAUUUGGAAACAACCAUGCGAUUUAUGCUAGAUUGUUUACAGUUAAAAGACAUGAAAGAUCGUAGUUUAGUGUAUCAUGCCAUCGGAUUGAUGAUAUUAUCUGAUAAAAGUGAUCAACCGUUAUUAUUAACCGGAUCUUUUAAUACUAUCUUGCAAAGUAUAAAGUCAACCUUUAAACCAGUAACAACAGCAACGAGUACUCAUCAGUCAACAUCAUUAUCCUUGUCUCGUCGAGUAUCAUCAGCUGUUAAUAAUUCAUAUGCUUCGCAAUCGUCUUCCACAUCGUCGUCAACAUCACUAUUUCCAUGUAAAUACCAAUCACCUGAUUCAUCGGUAUUCGCUUGUAUUACAAUGAUUGGAGAAUCUGGACCAGAAUCAUCACAAUAUCUUGAUCAAUUACUCGAAUAUUUAUUACAAUGUGAACUAAAUCAUAGUCUACUAUUCUGUUUGGAUAAACUUUGUAAUAUGCCAUUGAUUCGUUUGGAAACAAAGAGAUCGAUUCAGCAAGGUCUAUUAAAAAUCAUUCAAUCAAUUUUAACAAAUCCAGUAUCAUUUGGAGUUUCACAACAUUCAACAUUUCAAUUGUCAAAUGAACAAAUAGAAACGAUUCAAAUAUCAUUACAAACAUUACGUAUAUUUGAAUUUGAAGCACAAGCUGUUAAACCAUUUUUAUUUAUAUUAAAACACCGUUAUAUCGAACAUGAGCAUCGACGUAUUCGUAUUGAAUCAAUCAUUACCAUUACUCAUUUAUUAAAAAAAUUGCUACUUCAACAACAACAAGCUAUUAUGACUAAUGCAGGAACCUCAAAUGAAUUACGUCUUUCAGUUGGUGAUAUUACACAUCGCAUUCUAACUAUUGGCGUAACAGAUCUUGAUCCAGAUGUACGUUAUAAUGUUUUUCUAACAUUACAAGAUGAUUUUAAACAAUUUUUAGCUAAAUCUGAUAGUCUAGAAUUAUUGUUUUUUUCUGUACACGAUGAAUGUCAUGAAAUUAGAGAGUUAUCAUUGAGUUUAAUAGGACGAUUAAGUAAUAUUAAUCCAGCUUAUGUAUUACCACCAUUGAGACACUUACUAUUACAGUUAUUAACUGAAUUAGAAAUUGGAUGCACAUUAUCUGGCAAAGAACAAGCAUCAAGAUUAUUAGGUCAACUAAUAGCUAAUACACCAAGAAUUGUACGACCCUAUAUGCAAUCAAUUACUCAGGCAUUAUUACCUUUAAUCAGACAACAUGAGCAACAUUCAAAUGUUUUAAUUGCACUUGUGCGGACUGUGGGAGAACAAGCUCAAGUAUGCGGUAUCGAUUUUGAUGAACGUAUACAUGAAUUAUUUCCUAUCUUAAUCAAUAUGAUGCAAGAUACAUCGAACUAUCGUAAACGAGAAGUGGCUCUAUGGACAAUAGGACAAAUUGUUGAAAGUUGUUGUUAUGUCGUUGAACCGUUGCAAAAAUAUCCUAUACUACUUGAAGUAUUAUUGAACUUUUUGAAAUCAGAAGUACCCAUCCCUUUUCGUCGUGAGACUAUACGUGUAUUAGGCUUUCUAGGAGCUGUUGAUCCUUAUAAUAUUCGUACAAAUCUUGGAAAUGUACGAGGGAUAACAUAUGAUAUGAAUGAUAUAACAAGUACACAUCGUGUAAGAGCUGAGGCAGAUCCAGUGGAAAUAUCAUCAAAUGAAUUGUUAGUAGCAUCUGGUUCACAAUCAUUACAUGAUUUUUAUACAUCAAUGGCAAUUUAUGUUUGUUUACGAGUAUUAAAAGAUCCAAAUUCAACACAAUUACACUAUAAAGCUGUUCAAAGUAUAUCGAUUAUAUUACAAUGGCUUGGAGCUAAAUGUACACAAUAUGUACCAUUAGUAAUACCAAGAUUAUUACAAAUUAUAGGAAAUGCUGAUGAAAAAAACUUAGAAGCGUAUAUUCGCCAAAUCAAUAUAAUAAUAAUAUCGAUUAAAAAUGCCAUUAUUCCUUAUGUAAAUGAAAUCAUACAAUUAAUUCGUGAUCAUUGGGAUCAACAUGUGAAUUUACAAAUAUUGUUAAUUCAAACAAUUGAAAGUUUAUCUCAAGCAUUGAACGAUGAAUUUCGUCAUUAUAUUCAUUUAUUAUUACAUUUUGUUAUGAACACAUUUCGUAUGGAUCAAAAUGAUGAACGUCGACAUCGUGUUUUAUCUCAAAUGUUUAUUACACUGAAUAAAUUUGGUAAAACAUUAAAACCCCAUUUCAAUGUUGUGUUACCAUCUAUCUUGGAAAUAGCAUCAUCACCAUUAAAUUCCAUACAAUUACGUCGUGAAGCACUUGAUGUAAUCGAGUUAUUAGCUGAAAAAGUUCAUUUGAGUGAUUAUGUAUCAGCUAUAUUGCAAAUAUUACUGCGUAUCAUUCGAACAACACAGCAAUUACAAGUCAAAUCAUUAGAUAUUAUAUGUAUUAUAGCAAAACAAAUGAAAAAACGUUUUCUUGUAUUCGAUGCAUUAAUACAAAACACAAUGAACGAAUUGAAAUUAACACAUUCAAAAUAUGAACUUUUUAUAUCAAAAUUAAAUGAUUCAUCGUUUGCCGAUGUUCAGUCAGAGUCAACCAUUUCAGCUUUGAUAUCUUCAACUGUUACAUCACCACAAACUGGCGAUCCGGAUCAGAUUCAACGUGACGCCAAAGCAAUUUAUAGUAUGCGUACUGAUCAAUUACGUCCACAUUGGCUGAGUGUUCAAGUUCAACAUCAAUCAAAUAGUAAAGAUUUACAUGUAUGGUUAAGUAAAUUACAACAAUUAGUUUUAGAGCAAUCACCCGUUUAUCCGUUAAGAGCAAUGGGUUCUCGUUUAGCAAGUAGUAAUUCAUCGAUAUUAAGAGAUAUGUUUAAUGCGGCAUUUAUUUCUUGUUGGAAAAAAUUAAAUUAUCAUGAUCGAAAAAGUUUAACAUUAUCAUUGACACAUGUUUUAUCUAUGUGUGAUAAACCCGAUAUAAUACAAACAAUAUUAAAUUUAGCCGAAUUUAGAAAUCAUUGUGAUUUAAAAUUAAAAUUGGAAAAACAAGAAUUAGUAGAAAAUACAACGAUACAAGAUCAGACAAGACCAGAUCAAGGAGGCGAUGCCGAUGAAACAACACAAGAUGAUGAUUCAACGUUAACAGUAGAAGAACGAGAUAAACGUCGAAAACUGAAAAAAACAACAGAGACACACAUGGAUGAUGAAGAAGAAAAAUCUCUGAUCAAUAUUCAUUUAUUAAGUGAAAAAGCGCAUAGUGUACGCGCCUACGCUAAAGCAUUACGAUAUAAAGAAGAAGAAUUUCAACAUUCAGAACAUUUAACACAUCCCACUCAAAUAACAUCGGAUAUUGUUGAAUCAUUAAUUAGUAUUAAUCAUGAACUUCAACAAUCUGAGGCAGCCUAUGGCGCAUUAUUAUACGCCAAAAAACAUAAUAUUAAAAUAAAAGGUUUAUGGUACGAAAAAUUAAAUCAGUGGGAAAAAGCUUUGAGAAAUUAUGAUUAUAUAAAAACCAAUAAUCCCAAUAAUAUGGAUAUACAUUUGGGACGUAUGAGAUGUAUGCAAGCUCUUGGUAGUUGGUCAGAAUUAAGAGAGUUAUGUACCAAUGUUUGGGAGCAAACAGAAAACAUUAAAGAUGAACAACCACUGGCCACAUUACCAUUUUCUACUAAUUUACUACAAAAUGAAGCAAUUCGACACAUGGGUAAUAUUGGUAACAAUUCAAAUACAUCAAUUAUUAAUGGGCGAGAACUGAGGAAAAUAUUACAACAAAAAAUAGCCCCGAUGGCAACACGUGCUGCAUGGAGUUUAGGAGAUACGAGUGAUAUGGAAAAAUAUUUUAUACAUAUACCGGAUACGAAAUUUGAAGGUGCUUUUUAUCGAGCAGUCGAUGCAAUUAGAAAUGAUAAUUUUCGUCAAGCACAGGAUGCCAUUGAUUUAGCCAGAGAACUACUUGAUGUUGAAUUAACAACACUAGCCAAUGAGAGUUAUAAUCGGGCAUAUUCAGCCAUGAUCAAUGCACAACUACUAUCGGAAUUAGAAGAGGUUUCAUAUUUUAAAACAUUACCUGAACGACGACAAUCUAUUUGUGAUAUAUGGCAGAAACGUAUGAGUGGAAAUCAACCAAUUAUUGAUGAUUAUCAUCGGCUGUUAUUGACACAUUCACUUGUUUUACCCAUGGAACAAGAUCUUCAGUCAUGGAUUAAACUUGCAAAUCUUUGCUGUAAAUCAAAUCGUUUAACAAUGGCUGACUUUAUAUUUAAAGCCUUAGCUAAAACCGUGCUCGUUGACACCGGUAAUCAAACACAAUAUAUUCAUUUACACUCAGCUAUCUCCAACCUAGUAUUGAACCGAGAACUAGGUUAUCAUAAUUGGGAAGGAGCGGCAGCGAUGAAUAAGGAUCCAUCAACAUUUUAUCCUUCAUCAGUACAUCCGUCUCAAACAUCACAUCUUUAUAAUCUUCAAACAGCGGCAGGUUUUGGUCAACAACAGCAACAACAAUUUCAUCAUCCAUCAUUAAUUGAUCAACAAUUAGUUAAAUAUGAAAAAUUGAAAUAUGACUGGAAUUGUUUACUGGCCAAUCGUGAUCACAUAAUAAUGAUGAAUAAAAAACCAGAUGUUACACAAUCCACUACAUCAACCACAACAAUGGCACCGAAUUUAUUGGAAGUAAAUAGGCAAGAUCAACUAAAAUUAAUUGAUGACUUGAAAGAUACAUUAAAUAAAGUAUGUUUACCAGCAUUGGAUCAACUAAGAAAGCAAACAGCAACAGUAACCUCUACGGGAAAUAUCAUAGUCACGAACGGUGCAACAACAGGAGCAUCAACAGCAGCUGGAAGCGUCGCAGGUCCCAUUGGUCAAAUAUCACAAAUCAGCAAUACAAUUUCACAAGGCUCGACAACACAUUCAUCCGUAUAUGUUUUAACAUCCAAUUUAUCGUCAGGAACGUUAGCAGUAUCACAUCGUGAACAACGUUUACGUCAUUUAAUAUCAAAAUGUUAUUUGCGUUUGGGCGCAUGGCAACAGGAAUUUUUUGGUAUGGAUGAUGGAUCGUUAAAUGAAAUAAUGAAAAAUUUUGAACAUGCAUGGACAUACGAUGAAAAUAGUUAUAAAGCAUGGAACGCGUAUGCCGUACUAAACUAUGAUGCGGUUAAUUAUUUCAAACAACGUAUUCAAGAGUUAUCACGUACGCAGCCAUUAACAAUACCAAGGUCUCCACCAUCCCCAGGUGUUGAUGGAACAGUUAGUUCUCAUUUUACUACACCACCUUCUUUUCCUCUUCCACAUGAGUCUUCGCCCACAGGAUCGCCAUUAUCUUCACCACAAAUAUUGCCACCUACAAAUGAUUUAUAUCGUCAAUUGACGGCAAGAAUGAUUCAUUGUACAAUACCAGCUGUUAAAGGUUUAUUAAGAUCAAUUGUAUUGUCAAAAACAAAACAUUGUUUACAGAAUACAUUACGUUUAUUAACAUUGUGGUUUGAAUACGGACAAUAUCGAGAAGUUCAUGAUGCACUAGGAGAAGGUAUAAAAACAGUACCGAUUGAAGUUUGGUUACAAGUGUUACCACAAUUAAUAGCACGUAUCGACUCACCACGACAGUUAGUAAAUCAAUCAAUCAAACAUUUAUUAAUUGAUGUUGGGAGACAGCAUCCACAAGCAUUAAUUUAUCCACUGGUUGUCGCGUCAAAAUCAGUGACACGUGAACGUGAACAAGCGGCAAAUAGAGUAUUAAAUUCAAUGAGAGAACAUAGUCAUACACUUGUACAACACGCACUAUUAGUUAGCGAAGAACUGAUUAGAAUAUCGAUAUUAUGGCAUGAACGAUGGCACGAAGCACUCGAAGAAGCAUCUCGACAAUAUUUUGGAGAACGUAGUAUUUCAGGUAUGAUUGAGACGCUGGAUCCGUUACAUGCAGCCAUUGAACGUGGUAGUACAACAUUAAAUGAACGUACAUUCUUAGACUCAUAUGGUACAGAUUUGGCACAAGCAAGGGAAUGUAUAAAACGUUAUCAACGUACAAAAGAUCAACGUGAACUACAUCAAGCAUGGGAUUUAUAUCAUCAAGUAUUCAAACGUAUUCACACACAACUACCAAACAUAACCUCUCUGGAAUUAGAAUAUGUGUCGCCACGACUUGGAACACAUUGUCGAGAUCUAGAAUUAGCUGUGCCGGGAACAUAUGAACCAGAAAGACAGCCCAUAACGAUUCGUAGUGUUCAUAGUCAUAUUGCCGUUAUACCAUCAAAACAACGUCCAAGAAAAAUUAGUAUAACGGGCUCAGAUGGUUAUGAAUAUGUAUUUUUGUUAAAAGGACAUGAAGAUUUAAGACAAGAUGAACGGGUUAUGCAAUUAUUUGGCUUAGUAAAUGAAUUUUUAUCAUCAAAUGAUGAGACACGUCGACGUAAUUUUACUAUACAACGUUAUUCUGUUAUCCCACUAGCACCUAACAAUGGCUUGUUAGGAUGGGUAGCUCAAUGUGAUACAUUUCAUGCUCUAAUCAAAGAACAUCGUGAAAGGUCUCAAGUGGUACUUAAUGCUGAAUAUCGUCAUAUGCAAACAAAAGCACCACAUUUUGAUCAUUUACCAUUGAUUAAUAAAGUUGAGGUAUUUGAAUAUGCAUUAAAUUUGUUGGAAGGUGAUGAUUUAGCGAAAAUAUUAUGGCAUAAAAGUUCAAGUGCAGAAAUUUGGUUGGAUCGACGUUCAAAUUAUACUCGUUCGUUAGCUGUUAUGUCAAUGGUUGGUUAUAUUCUUGGCCUAGGCGAUCGUCAUCCAUCAAAUUUGAUGCUUGAUCGUGCUAGUGGUAAAGUCGUUCACAUUGAUUUUGGUGAUUGUUUUGAAUUAGCCAUGACACGCGAAAAGUUUCCAGAAAAAAUUCCAUUUCGUUUAACACGAAUGUUAUGCCUGGCUAUGGAAGUGACAGGAAUCGAUGGUACAUUUCGUUUAACAUGUGAACAUGUUAUGGAUGUCCUACGAAAAAAUCGUGAUAGUCUAAUGGCUGUAUUAGAGGCAUUUGUACAUGAUCCCUUAUUAAACUGGAGAUUAUUAGACGAUAACAACCCUUUGAAUAAUCAACCGACAUCUAAUGUUGGUGUGGUGGGAAGUAGAACGACACCAGCUGUAAGUACUAGCAGCGGAGUAGGACUUCCACAGUCAGCAUUAACUAAUAAUCCUACUGUUCAUUUUCAACCACAUUUAUCAACGGUGAACGAAGAAGAGGUUGAAUGUGAUCAUAUUCAACAACAACAACAAACCCAACAACCCGGUCGAUCAAUACGUGCAGUUGAAAUAAUGUGUCGUGUUAAAGAAAAAUUAACCGGUAAUGAUUUUCAUCGUGAUCAACCCGUCGAUAUAUCUACCCAAGUCGAAUUACUUAUUAAGCAGGCAACAUCGUAUGAAAACUUAUGUCAAUGUUAUAUUGGAUGGUGCCCAUUUUGGUAA